CAGGCGUAUGAACCUGUGGACUUCCGCUGCUGAUGAGGAGAAUGCGGAGAAGACUUUGCUGCGGUCAGUGUAUACGGUCGACAAGCUGAGACUACCACACCAGACACUCAAGGCUGACGAACUAGUGGCGCAGUAUGACCAUAUGCGGGGAUUGCCGAUCAGUUCAUAUGAAGGUCGACCAGGAAUUCUGAUAGGGCUCAGCAACAUUCACGCCUUCGCUCCUCUGGAAGCGAAGAUUGGCACUACGAGUGAGCCGAUCGCAGUACGGUGCCAGCUCGGCUGGACAGUGUACGGGCCACGACGAGUAUCGCCUGAGUCGCAGGGCAGCUAUCUGGGAUACCACCAGCAGGUCUCUAACGAAGAUCUUCACGAUCUACUCAAAUCCCAUUAUGCACCUGAUGAGUCCGUAGUACGGGUGCACCGAGAAUCAGCUGAAGACAAAAGGGCUCGGUCUAUAUUGGAGCAAACCACGAAGCGCGUAGGGAACCGUUUCGAGACGGGACUCCUUUGGGCCAAGGAUGACGUUAGCUUCCCGGACAGCUACCCUAUGGCACUGAAGCGGCUAAUGCAGUUGGAGAAAAAGCUGGAAAGGUCACCAGAGUUAUAUCGAAACGUUCGGAACCAGAUCGACGAGUAUCAAGCUAAAAAAUACGCCCAUGAAGCCACCAAAGAAGAACUGCGCUCUGCAGAUCCCGAGAGGACAUGGUAUCUCCCGCUAAAUGUAGUCCUGAAUCCGAAGAAACCGGGAAAAAUCCGACUCAUCUGGGACGCGGCCGCGACGGUCCAAGGAAUUUCCCUUAACUCAAUGCUGUUGAAAGGGCCGGACCUACUAGUGCCGCUUAUGUCAGUGCUUCUCAUCUUCCGGGAGCGGCGGAUCGCUUUCGGAGGAGACAUCCGUGAGAUGUACCAUCAAAUGGAGAUAAUCGCGAAAGAUAAGUCAGCUCAACGAUUCCUGUUUCGAAACAACAGAGCAGAAGAACCGAAAGUGUACGUGAUGGACGUCGCUACGUUUGGUUCAACGUGCUCGCCUGCGUCAGCACAGUACGUCAAGAAUCGGAAUGCAGAGGAACAUGCCGGGCGGUUUCCGGAAGCAGCAGCGGCCAUCAUUAAGCGGCAUUAUGUCGAUGACUACUUCGACAGCGUCGACACGGUUGAGGAAGCGGUAGAACGAGCGAAACAGGUGAGGAUCAUCCAUAAGCAAGCCGGGUUUGAUAUUCGGAAUUGGGUGUCAAAUUCACCUGAGGUCCUGACUGCGUUAGGAGACGCUAAAGCUGGGGGAUCAGUCGUUUUCAACCAGGAUAAGCAGGAGCACAACGAACGGGUACUCGGGAUAAGCUGGGAGCAAGAAGCGGAUGCGUUUGCCUUCUCCGUAACCUCCCGACCGGAGAUGCAAGCUUAUUUUAGCGGUGAAAAGCGGCCUACGAAGCGAAUCGUUCUCAGCUGCGUUAUGGGCUUCUUCGACCCUUUGGGGCUACUGUCUCCAUUUACAAUCCAUGGGAAGAUGCUCGUCCAACAUCUCUGGCGAAGCGGUUGCGAAUGGGACCAAGAAAUUGACGAUUGUGGCUGGAACCUUUGGCAGCAGUGGAUUGGAUUGCUUCCGGAAGUCGAAGCAUUACGAAUUCCAAGAUGUUAUCUGGGUGAUGCUGAAUCUUCGUCGGUGGAGUCCCUCGAGCUACACACUUUUUCGGACGCGAGCGAACAUGCUUAUGGUUGCGUGGCAUAUCUACGGUCGGUCGUCGAUGGAGAAGUGAACUGCAGUCUGGUCAUGUCUCGUGCAAAGGUAGCGCCGCUUAAGCGUCAGUCGAUUCCCAGGUUGGAACUGAUGGCUGCCGGCCUCGGAGCACGAAUGAGCCAAACUUUCCUGGAAACCACUACGCUGGAUAUCGAUCGCACCAUACUGUGGACCGACUCCCGAACUGUACUGUCGUGGCUUCAGUCAGAUCAGUUCAAAUACAAACAGUUCGUCGCCUUCAAAGUGGGGGAGAUACUGGAAGUAACCAACAUGAGGGACUGGCGAUGGGUACCAACUAAACAGAACAUCGCGGAUGUGCUCACGAAAUGGGGCCGUGGACCUCCGUUGCAAAACGAUUCGGAUUGGGUGAAUGGUCCGAAGAUGCUGUUUCUACCGCCCAACCAGUGGCCCAUUAUCGAUCAACUCGAGGAAACUACCGAAGAGGCAAGAGGUUUAGUGACGUUCCAUGAAGUGGUCAACGUGAGUGCUGUUUCUCGAUGGACGAAACUGGUGCGGGUAACCGCUACCGUGGCCCGGUUCGUCGCCAACUGUCGCCGGAAAAAGGCCGGUAAGCCAACAUUGACUUCGCAGGCUACGGCUCAUCAUCUACGAUUAAUAAAAGCACGGUUUUCCACGAUUCAGCAACCUCUUCAACAAGAAGAGCUUCGACUAGCAGAGAUAAUCCUUUGGAAGCAGUCGCAAUUCGCCAGUUUUCCGGCUGAGAUGGAUAUACUUACAGCAAAUCUCGAGCUAGAAGCUGGUGAACCACCGAAGAAAAUCGAGAAAUCCAGCAUUCUGUACAGACGUUCUCCAAUCCUGGACACUGAAGGGGUGCUGCGAGUACGAGGAAGGAUAGAGUCCAAUGAAGCGAUCCCGUUCGACAAGAAAUUCCCUAUCAUCCUAUCGGGGAAACAAGAGAUAACGCAGAAGCUAAUUCUACAUUACCACGAAAAAUACGGUCAUGCUUACAGGGAGACCGUGUUCAAUGAGCUCCGUCAGAAAUUCUGGAUCCAGAACGCACGUACAGCGAUUCGACGAGCGACCGAGGCAUGUGUGUGGUGCAAGGUGAAUCGAUGUGUUCCGGCUGCUCCCUUGAUGGCACCGUUACCCGUUCAACGCACCACUUCUCAUCUUCGACCAUUUAGUGCAGUAGGUGUCGAUUAUUUAGGACCAGUAGAGGUAGCCAUAGGUCGGCGGAUAGAGAAGAGAUGGGUAGCGGUUUUUACGUGCAUGGCUGUGAGGGCUGUGCAUUUGGACGUAGUGUACAGUUUGAGCUCGCAGUCCUGCCUGAUGACUAUCAGACGUUUCUCGAGCAAGCGAGGCACUCCCGAUCACAUAUUUUCCGACAACGCUACGUGUUUCCAUGGAGCGAACACCGUGAUGACCAAGGAGAUCGAGAAGAUCCACAAAGAGUGUGCGGAAAGGGUCACUUCGUCCACAGCCUGGCAUUUCAACCCUCCCGGUACACCACACAUGGGCGGUGUCUGGGAGAGGAUGGUACGGUCCGUCAAAGAAGCUUUGAGGGUCCUGGAUGACGGGCGGAGGUUGACUGAUGAGAUUCUCAUCACGGCCUUGGCAGAAGCUGAGGAUUUAAUUAAUACCCGACCACUCACUUAUAUUCCACAGGAGUCCGCCGAUGAAGAAGCUCUAUCACCAAACCAUUUCAUCCUUGGAACAGUGACCAAAGAAGGCGCAGUUUUGGACAACCCGGAUCAAUAUUAUGAAGCUUUGCGCAACAUGUAUUACCGAUCGCGGGGCCUGGCCAGAAAAUUUUGGGACCGGUGGUCGCAGGAGUACUUGCCGACUCUUAAUCAUCGCCCGAAAUGGUUCGAGGACACGAAGCCACUGGAAGUCGGAGAUCUAGUCUUCCUGGUGGAAGGCAAGAACCGGAAGUAUUGGAGACGAGGACGCGUACAGGCAGUCGUAAAGGGAGCCGAUGGAAGAAUACGACAAGCGGAAGUAAGAACAGCGGAUGGCAAAGUGUAUCGACGAGGCGUGGCUACUCUGGCGGUGAUGGAGAUACAGGAUGGUAAAUCCGGAAGUACAGAAAGCUCUACCGGAUGUUACGGGCAGGGGAAUGUUCGCAUCACCGGGCAUCAACCGUAGACGGUAAAAUUGGCGAGUACCGUUUCGCACGAAACGAAAACAAAACAACGCAAAUGAAAAAUAUGCCAACACGCUCAUCUGUCAUGGAUAGAUCGACAGCGGAAACUGACUAGCAGGAGAAGAGGAAAAAGAAAAACAUAAACAAAGUUUUCGCUACAUCAAGCUAACGUGAUUUAAUCAACUGUUUAAUUAUAAACUUUCGGGAUUAUAAUAAGUGUUAGGAGUGAAGAGGUGAAAAUCUUGGUGAACCUAGUUGGUCUCGACACCUGUAAGCAAAAAAUUAAAAUAAAGCUAGUAGUGGAAAUAUAUCAUUUAUACAAAUAAAAACUUACCAGUUUCGUAGCACACUUUAACCGAAGAACCGGAUCGGACCGUAGUGAAAAAUAGAAUAAAUAUCCUUUGAUUGAGGACCUGUAAGUAAAAAAUUAAAGAAAAUUUAUAUAGUGAUGAAAUGCUAGAAAAUAACAUGAAAAUACUUACCUAGGUUGAAACACUGCGACUGACCAUCCAGAGUAGUACCGUAACGUCACGUAGACUGGUACGGUGAUUGAUUGUGAGUAUCUGUAAAGAGAAGAAAGUAACAAGUAAAAUUAUUAAUAAAUGCAUUAAAUGAUAGGAAAAAUAAGCGGGAAAGGAGUAUACCGUAGAAAGAGUUCAGGAAGGAAGUAUCGUAAGGAAGGAGGAGACUAUUUGAUUUUUGAGCCACUCCAAAAGUGCAGCUUUGAAAAAUUUAGUCAUCCGAACACUAUUUCUUUAGAGACUUCAAUAAAUUUAUAGAGCCUUCAGCCAUAAAAAAAUGAAAAAAUUGAAUCAAACCGGAAAAAUCGCUGGAAAACCUGUAGCUGGUGCCGAUCAUGAUGGACGACAGCUUCAUCGAGCACGGUCACCAGCAAAAACACCUUCAGCAGCAACAGCUGCAAACAGUGCUAAACUGUGACAUUUUGUGUUUGAAGCGUUUUUCCAUCGAAGUAGGUUUUCAUACUGUGAGAAAAAAAACUCCGGACAUUUUGGACGUGAAUUGUUGAAUAACGGUCGCAAGUUCUGGAAGUUGCGAACAGAAGUGAUUUAAGGAGAAUUAAAGCGAUAAAAGAAACGGAUCAAGCUGUGCUUGAAAUUAAUUUUGCAACGUGAAAAACACGGAAAAAGAGGAAAAAAACUCGAAAACCUCAAGUUCAAGUAUCCAGCUGAUGACGGUCAUGGUAGACGACAGUUCGAUCAGCAGUAAAAUCUGAAAAGUAAAACCACCUUCGGCAGCAAGAGCAGCAGAAACUGAGCGACUAAUCAGAGAAGCAGAUCUGAACGAUUUCACCGAAAGCCCUGCACGGUAUGGAGUCCAACGAUAAUGCUCAUUCCGCGAAGUUGAUUCUGAAGCUGGAGCGACCGGACAUUUUACAAAAUUACAUAACAGUUCGAACGAUCAAAGUAAUUCCGUCUUCCUGACUCUAAAAGCCCAAAAGCAGAAAGAGUGGAUGCCGUCAAGAUAAAAUAAGAAGGGAAACGCUUGAGUUAAAAAAGCCGGCCAAGCUGACACCAACAGCCUACGGUUUACUGUAUGGUGGGAGGUAUCGCGAGAUCCCUAUCGCCUACCACGGGCGGUGGAACUCAUGCACACUACCACCUUGACCAUACCUGGAGGAAGCAAGUAUGGUCCAGCAGCAGCAGGACGUUGCCAGCAAACUGAUUUCACCGGUUUGUACGAUUCCGACACCGCCUGUCCUGUCCUUGUGACUGUGGAACACUUUGCUUAGAACUACCCAGCUCCGAUGACAAGUCAUCAAUCGGCGAAACAUUGGAAAUCUAUUUGACAUGUGCGCAAAAAUCAUGUUUAUAAAAAACACUAGAAAACGAUGCCUCAACUGAACUCUCCGAGCGGGCGAAAAUGUUUUUAAAACCGAGUUUCAGCUGAAGGAUGAAUGCGCCAGUUGGAAGGAAAAAUUGGAAGAGGUUAUUGUAUCGGAAGAUAAAAGAUUUGCAAAAGCCACUGGUGGUUUUCGAUGGCGGUAUUGGUGAUUGUCUCGCUAAUGUUCCAAAAAUAAAUACCACGUGAAGGCAUGGACAUUACUUCAUUUCGUCACUAAUCUAUUGAGGAAAGCAGUGGAAACCAGCGAAAGACGGCCUUCGACCUAAGCUUAUUUGCUUAAGGGCUGUAUGCCACCACGGGUCGGUAUUUGGCGAUUACCGUAGGCCACGGAAGUGCUCACUGCAAGCAACUGCAAGUCCCGGACCAUCAGCGAGAGCUAGCCUAGGUUGUGGUGAGACUCAGGCAUUGGGCCGCCGAAUUCUCGCAAAAGCCACAUUAUCCGGAAGCAGCUCUGACGGAGCGAAUAGUGCCGCUCCCACCACCCAAAUGCACUAAUUCGCUCAUUGGGAUUGAUGCCACACAUUACAACACACAUCAAUCCAACAUUGGCAACUAUACCCUUAGCAUACUAACCAACAAAAGAACAUCCGAAAAAGGCAACUCUCCAGCGGCUCCACUAUCUUAUUCGAAACCUCUCAUGGGAACGGAAACGGUGCUGGCGAUGCAGCCACCACCGAGAAAGACAAACUGGCCCAGAAAGAGGUGGAAGUAAAAUUCAUCUCCGAGCAGAAUGGCGACGCCAGGAUCGAUUUGGAGGUGGAGCAGCAGUAAAAUGGCACUCGAUAUUAAACGACCUACCUCCUUUGGCAGCAAACGUUUUCCGGCAUGAGCAAGAAAGAGCUGAUGAAGAUUGCCAACGAUCCGUUCUGGAUUCGGCUGCGUUGGUUCCUUUUCAUCCUGUUCUGGGGGAACUCUGGAUCGCGAUGCUGGUUGGUGCCAUAUAUAUUAUAAUGGAUGCACCGAAAUGUGCUGUUCCGGUUCCGUUGACCUGGUGGCAGGAGGGACCGCUGGUAAAGCUUGACGCCCAGGAUUACCGCAAUCAGGUGGAUACAGCCGAUCGAUUCGGAGCGAAGGGGGUUAUCUACGAGCUUCCGGCCGAUGAAACCUAUCUGGUUAAUACGUCUUCCGUCGAGAAGAAAAUCGAGGAUCUCAAGGAUGAGCGAUUGAAGACGUGUCCAAUGGAACGCGGAAUUGAGCUUAAUCAUACUCAAUUAAGCUUGAUUCGUAUACACCGCAGUUAUUCUCUGUUGCUAACGCGGGGAUUAUUCUUCACUGAGGAGAACAGGUUUCUUUGAGGUUAACUUUGAAAGCAGUCGGCAAACUGGUUGUGAUUUUUUUUUCACUUGUGAUAAUGCCAGGUUGGCACAGAGAAUCACAUAAAUCUGAUCAAAUUUCACUUAAAUUUAAAAACUACAUUCCAAACCUACUAAAUUCUUUCUCACAAUUGUUUCAAAUGACAAAAUUUUCAAUAUACUAAAAGCACAGUUUGCUGCGAUUGAUAGUUCCUCUAUGCAUUAAUUAUUGUCCUUCUUAAAUUCAGCGCUAAAGACAUCAACGUAAUUUUGGACCUCACACCAAACUACGUAACCAAGGAUGACCAACUGUUCAAGGAGGUACUGGCCAGU